GCUUGGAUAUACCGUGCCUCAAAGAGAAGAAUCUUGCUUAUAUUAUUUAAUUCAACGCAAUUCAAUGUCUACGCCUUCUAUCUCCUUUACACUAAAUAUAUCUCACGAAUCUCUAUCAUGCCUAGAAUACAUUACAAAAAAAAUACAAUGAUUUCUUUCGUUCUUAUCGUCGAUUCGUCUGUAGUUUUAAAGCCUGAUGUUAUCGAUCGCGUUCACCAAAAGGACUUGUCGAAUCGUGAAGGAAUUCCGUAAGGAGGAUCAAACGGUCGGGAAAAGUUUCGAUAAAAGGAAGAAGAUCCUUGUUCUGCAACAUUUAACCGAUGCCAGUCGAACUGUGCAAACCAUUUCAACCGAGAAGUAAGAAAGAAUUCGUGAAAAUGGGUAAUUGUUUCGAUACAAGCGAAAGGGAUACGAUACCGAGGUACGAAUCAGUGGACGCGACGCCCCUAAAAGACAGUCAAGCGUUGAUGAUCUUCGUGUUGGGUGGUCCUGGAGUUGGGAAAACUACUUUGUGCAAAAAAUUGGCUCCAAAAUAAUGAAGAAAGGUUUCAACGUGCCCGCUGAUAUAAUCGUUCAAUUGGUAAUAGGAGAAAUGCUGAGGGAACCGAACGCAUACGGUUACCUGAUCAUUGGAUUCCCUAGGGACAAAAUGCAGGUGAUCAUUUGCCAAUCUACUGCUGGAUUAAUUUGAUAGAAAAGUUUGUAAAUUUAAUGACUCGCAAUUUAAAUGAAACUUCGACGAAAUAACGAAUUAAUCGAUCAACAGGCAAUUAUGUUUAACAGAGAAGUGAGACAACCAACGUUGGUGUUAAACUUGUUCGCGAGAAGAUUGAUCCUUCAAGAAAGAAUGACUCGACGUGCCGAGGUCGUGUAUAGAUUCGACGAUACUCCAGAAGCUAUUUUGUGUCGCGUAAAAAUGUAUUACACGAAAAUUUCGCGUGCCAUCGCGCCGAACAAAUCGGUGACAAAGGUUAUCGACGCGGAAACGAGCCCGGAGGAAAUAUUCGCGGAGGCGUGUAAGAUUAUAGACGAAGUUAUUAAAAAACAAAGUUCUCUAUUAUAAUAGCGUAUUUUACAAUAGAGAUUUUAUUUCAAGAAAGAAAGUGCAUCUGCAUUUUGAUGGACAGCUGUAUAGUGAAAUAGUUAAU